AUGGAUAGAAACUCAAAUGGGAAUACAUAUGGUGAAAUAAACUCUACUUUAAAUGAACCUUUAGAUGAUUCAGCGACAUCUAAUAACAAUGAAUCACGUACUACUGAACCAAAUGUAAAUGAUCAAGUUUCUGAAAAUAGAACUUCUGAGGCUGUCGCAACGAGAGAAACGCCCCCUAGAACUGGCCGUCGAUCUAACGCUCUCUUAAUUAUUUCAAUGAUAACUGGGCUAGUCGCAAAUCAACUGACGGGGCAGCAAAGCAGUGGUCUAGUGAAUCAACUCUUGAAUAACAAUAUGUUCGUUCAUAUGAAUUUGAGUCAAACUAAUUCAAGAAAUGUAUCUGAAACUCGUAUGUUAGGAAUUAAUCGAAAUAAUGGAAAUGAAACAACACGCUUGAGCAUUACUUCCGAAAUUCAAAACAAUAAUGAAUCAGCCCCCUCUGAUGUAUCUAAUUAUAUAAAUGAGAGAGAGGAUGAUAAUGCAUCUGAGAAUGCAGGUGAAAAUGUAUCUGAGAAUGCGGUUGAGAAUGCGGUUGAGAAUGCGGCUGAGAAUGUACCUGAGAAUGCAUCUGAAAAUGUAUCUGAUAAUGUAUCUGAUAAUGCAUCUGAGAAUGAAUCUAUAAAUGCAUCUGAUAAUGUAUCUAUAAAUAUAUCUGAUAAUGAAUAUAAUUAUAAUUAUAAUAGAAAUGUAGAAGAUGAAGUAGCAGAAUUAAUAUCUAAUUCAGCAACCGAGUAUAUACGUUUAUUAGAAGGAGAUACAUAUUCUAUAUAUGAUCAACCAAGUGAAAGUAAUUUACGAGGUUCUAGAUCUAGUACACCUAUUAAUCAAAAGAGUAAUAAUAAUGAUAAUGGGUUCUCAGAAUUAAGCCGUAUUUUGGAUGGUGAUUAUUCUUAUAAUCAUGAAACAGAUCGUUUUGAAUAUACACAUUCACCAGAAAAUAACGAUAUAGAAUUAACACCAAUAAGUUCUUUAACAUUAACAGGAACCCAAUAUGACGAUUAUGAUAAUGCAGUAUUUGCUGAUAAAUAUUUAUUAGAUGGAGGAGGAAGUAUAACGGGUUCUGUUGAUUCAGAUGAAUAUGAUUAUGAACGAGAAUAUGAAAUGCUAGAAGCAAGAAGAAACUUAAAUACAAAUCGUAUUCCUAUUAGUGAUAUUUAUAGAUCUGGUAGAUUUACUCUUCAGACAGAUUCAAAUGAAGAUAUAUCUUUUAAUUUUUCUGAAAAUUAUGAUGGUGAUAUAUUUUUUUAUAAUGAUAGAGAAUAUGCUAUUGGUGGUGAGGGUUCAAGAAUUAAUCAAAAUAAUUCUAAUGUUAGAAAUUAUGGAAGUAUUAAUUAUACAUAUGGAUAUGAUGAUGAUGAUUAUGAUUAUGAGUUUGGAAAUUUUGAAUUUACAUAUUCCAGACCUAGUUAUGUCUCAUUUAGAGGUGAUGGCAUGAUUUCAUUCGAUAGUUCUUUAGAUUAUGAUAAUGAUGAAUUAAAUGAAUCUGAUAAUUUAGAAGCAGAUCCUUUUUCUAAUUACCAAACAAAUUAUAGAAGCAGUAUGAAUUUGAGACAACCACCAAAUCAAGAGUUCACUUUUGGCGACACUCCUCCAAGUACCUUUUCUUUAACUCGACCCGCAUUAAAUCUUACCCCCUUAAAUAAUGCACCAUCAAAUAAUGCACCAUCAAAUAAUGCACCAUCAAAUAAUGCACCAUUAAAUAGUACACCAUUAUAUAGUACACCAUUAUAUAGUACACCAUUAAAUAGCGGAUCGUUAAAUAGGGGGUCGUCAACCAAUGCACCAUUAAAUAGUACACCAUUAAAUAGUACACCAUUAAAUAGUACAAUAUUAAAUAGCGGGUCGUUAAACAAUCCAGUAUUUGAUGAUGAUGAUGAUGAUAUAGAAAUACUGAAUGAGGUGGCGGCAUGUGAAGAUAUAUUUGAUGAAAUUGAUUUGGGUGAUGGGCCUAUGGAUAAUAUAAAUUUGGGUCGAUUAAUAUUUAAUGAUACAACAAUUAAUGGGACAUCAUUUAAUGAUAGUAUGUUUAGUAGAAGUUCAUUAGGAGAUUAUUCUUUUGGAAAUUUAAGACCAAUAAAUAGAUUAUUUGAUGAAGAUGUAAAUAGUGAUAAUAUAAGAAAUGUUAAUAUGAAUAGAUAUGAUUCUAUGAAUUUAGAUAACGAUAAUAUUGGAUCUGAUUCUGAAUUACAACCUUUACUAUAUAAUAAAAGAGAUUCAUAUGAAUCUGAUAAUGAAAGUAAUGAAUCAGAAUAUUUUGAUGCUCUUUCAAAUUUUGAAUAUAAUAGUGAUGAAGACUAUUCUGGAUCUCUUGGAUAUUUUGAAUCUAAAAAUAAUUCAGAACCCAUUGCAUCUUGUUCAAAUUCAACAACAGCAGAAAGCUAUAAUGAAAAUAAUGAUAAUAACACUUCUAGAGUUAAAGAAAAAUGUGAAGAACCAUUAAAUUCACGGGUCCGAGAAGAAUCAAAAUUUUCUUAUUUAUAUGAUGAUGAUGAGGAUGAUGAUUUUGGAAUUUUGCAUUUUGACCACUAA